GAAGUCUAGAGAUUCAGAAUGAAUAUCCACCAUGUUCUGUUCUUCUGCUUCUUCUCAGCACUUUGCGGUGGAAACACUCGGCUCGUCAGUGCACAAGUCCCCGUUUUUACGGCAGCUGAAGGGGAAACUGCUUCACUUAUUUGCCAACCAUCUUCGUCUGGAAACAAGAAGUUCUUCUGCAAGAACAAAUGUGAAGCAGAAGAUAUUCUCAUUAAAACAGAUGGCAACACAGCUCUCAAUGGCAGACACAGCAUUAAAUACACAAACGGUUCUUCUGGAGGAGAUCUGACUGUGACCUUCACAAAUCUGAUCAGGUCUGACUCAGGACGGUACAGGUGUGGUUUGGGCAAAACUUUGUCUCCAGAUUCAUACAGUGACUUUGAGGUCAGAGUUUCAGAUGCCCCUCUGCAGGAUGGAAUCUCUGGUUUUAUCUACACAACAACUGAAGGAGAAAAUAUCACAUUUAGCUGCUUCAAUACUGUCUACGGAAGGCACAAGUUCUUGUGUAAGGACGAAUGUAACAAAGAAGACAUUCUCAUUGAAACAGAUGGCAACAGAACUCACAGUGGCAGAUACAGCAUUGAAUAUCCAUCUGCAGGGAAGAUAAGACUGGAUGUGACCAUCACCCAGGUGACCAAGUCAGACACAGGACGUUACAGGUGUGGUUACGGCAGAGCGCUGUCUCCAGAUUCAUACUACACCACAUCGAUUGUUGUCAUAGAUGCACCAACUACUUUCCAACCGUUUCCAGCAUCAAUCUCCACACCAACAACAACUCAGAGUUUAAGCUCCAGUUCAGGUUUCCCAUCAGUUUCCACUGAAACCAGCGGCCAGUUUACAG